AUUGCUCAUUGUUAUUCCCCUCCAUCUUCAAUUCUCUUUCUCUCUCUCUCUCUCUCUCUCUCUCCUCUCCUCUCUUCUUUCUCUCUGGUUUGAUGUGAUUCUCCACUAUAUCAACCAAAAACCCAUCAACCUUUACAAAAGAGAGAAAGAUCUCUCACAAUAUAGCAACCAUGGUUUUUUCCUCCAUUCCACCUUAUCUUGAUCCUUCCAACUGGCAACAGCAGCAUCACCCGAAUCACCCUGCCGCCGGAAACAAUGGCGCCGGAAGCACUCAGCUCCAACCUCCUCUGCCACCGCCCCCACCGCCUCCGCCUCCUCCGCAACCUCAUGGAGGUGGCACUGCCGGCACGAUCCGGCCUGGCUCGAUGGCCGACCGAGCCCGGCUUGCCAACAUCCCGAUGCCUGAGGGACCUCUCAAGUGCCCUCGAUGCGAAUCCACUAACACAAAGUUUUGCUACUUCAACAACUACAGCCUCUCCCAGCCCCGGCACUUCUGCAAGACGUGCCGGAGGUACUGGACCCGAGGCGGGGCUCUGAGAAACGUCCCUGUGGGUGGAGGUUGUCGGAGGAACAAGAGGAGUAAAGGAAGCAGCUCGAAAUCUCCAGCCAGCAGCAGUGACCGCACAGUAGGCAGCGGCGGAAGCGGUGCCAGUGGUGGAGGAUUAACGAGUGGUGUCAGCUCAGGCAGUGGACUUGGUUCCGCUGCCGAGAUGUUAGGUCUCGGGGGAGGACAUAUCCCACCCUCGCGGCUUAUGCCUCCUUUGCAGUACCUCACCACCGACUUUGGGUCAGGAGAUCAAAUUGGCUUGAACUAUAGUGGAAUUCCCCAAUCACUUGGUUUAGCCGGAGAUUUGAAUUUUCCAGUUGCCAGUGUCCUAGGAGGUGGGAGCGGUGGUUCACUAUUGACAGCUGGAGGUCUGAGGUUGCCUCAAAUGCAACAAUUUCCCUUCUUGGGUGGGUCUGAUCCGUACCCUUUCGAAGGUAGUAUCGAGUCAUCGGGGCUUAUGGGUCAGGUGAGGCCAAAGACUCCUACUUCAGCAGUUAUCACUCAGUUUGCUUCUGUGAAGAUGGAAGACAACAACAACAGCAACAACAACAACCAAGAGCUUAACUUAUCGAGGCAGUUCCUGGGGAUUCAAGGUAACGAUCAAUACUCUACUUGGAACACGAGCAGCGGUUGGACAGAUCUCUCAGGAUUUAGCUCUUCCUCUACAAGCAACCCACCAUAGAUAGGCUCUCAUGAAUUAUCAGGUACUCUUGCUGGUUUAUAUGAACUUAUAGUCCCUCAUCUUACAUGCUCGGUGAUAUGUGAGGGAGGAGGAUGCAGUGUCGGGAGUACCCAAUAAUUUCUCGAGAGAGAUCAUUCGCGGUCCGAAUAUAUCUCCUUAUAUGGAAGCUUCAGGUUUUUUUGUUUAUUGUGGCUUCAACAAAUCCAGCUGAGAAACACAAGUCUGGCACAAUAGAUCGAUCGAUCAAAAGACUUACAGAUCGAUGAAACCCUAGCUAGGAAGUAGUUUUUUGUUUAAAUUUCUUUUCUUCUUGUUCCGGUUUUGUAACGUUGUGGUAGCAUUAGGUUGCAAUAUGUAUUAGCAAACUCAGUUUAUUGGUAUGACCAGCUCCGUCGUUUCUUUUGUCGGGUAUGAUGGCAUGUUAAUGUAUUUGACACAUGACCCAAGCUAAAGAAUCCUUUAUCAAUUAUAUCCA